AUGCCGAUAGUUGAGGAGAUAGGAUCAAAUGCUGAUUGUGUUCGCUGUAGCGCCAUCUGGGAUUCUGUUUACUGCUGGCCUGAGACUCCUGCAGGACAGAUUGUGAUAAAAUCUUGUGCUGAAAUAUUUGCAUCAGCUGAUGUUAAUCUAAAGCCAUCAGAACAAAAAAUAGUUGGUAAUGCCUAUAGAAAAUGUAAUGAAGAUGGAAACUGGCUAUGGGGAAACUGGACCAAUUACACCGAAUGUCUUGAAUUUAGUACAACGCGUCCGGUUGCAGUACCUAUCCUGGUGAGUUACAUCCUCUUGGUGGGGUCUGUAAUAUCACUCUUCUUCAUGUCAAUAACACUCUUCGUCUUCUUAUAUUUCAAGUCACUUCGAUGUCCCCGGAUUCGUGUACAUCAAAACCUUGUAGUAGCUCUCAUUGUUCAUGCUGUCAUGUUGAUCCUACUCUCUCUCCAUGUUGUAGUGGGCGGUACAUUUUGGUCAACAUAUCUGGAAGUAGGCUGGUUGUGCCGAACGGUCCUGACUAUCAAGAUGUAUUCUGGAUUAGCAUGCAUAAACUGGAUGUUUAAUGAAGGUCUUCUUCUUCACAGCAGAACAGCCACCUCUGUUUUUCGAAGAGAUGCACCAUUCAAACUAUACUAUUUCAUCGGCUGGGGUUUUCCCAUCAUUAUCGUGACUGCUUGGGCUAUAACCAUGAACUUUUACGUAGAUUCAUCAUGUUGGCAAGGUUAUGGUGACUACCCCUAUGUGUGGAUAAUUACAACUCCAAUGUUGCUGACUCUUAGUGUGAAUUUCUUCUUCCUGGUGAACGUCAUUCGAAUCCUGGUCACCAAACUCCACUCUCGAGAAGUUACACAUAUCGGACGAGCUGUCAAGGCGACUGCUUUGCUUUUCCCUUUAUUGGGCGUUUCCCACUUGCUGUUCUGUGUGAAUCCACAUGAUGAUGCUGGAAUAGAAGAGGCCUACAUGAUCUUCAACGCCAUUCUUCAGUCCUCACAGGGCUUGUUUGUGUCUAUCUUCCACUGUUUUAUGAACACAGAGGUACAAAAAGUCCUGAGGAAUGCUUAUCUUCGAGCUAUUGCUCGCCGCAGUGCCAAUUCUGGUUCAAGAAAUCAAAACCUCUCUCAUACUUACUCUUUCUACGGCGACGUUUCUGCCUCCUGUAGCCACCGCCACAAGAGGGCUUCUCCAAAGAAUGCUAACAUUCGCAUGUUAGAAGUAACUGACGGCAAGAUUUCUGAUGUUACAUGUACUCAGGUGUAG